UUGAAAACGGAGUUCAAAUUGUAACCCCGAAGGAAAGAAUGACUCCUAUCUCUGAGAGAGUGACAACCCCAUAUCUUACAAAGUACGAACGAGCUCGUAUCCUCGGUACUCGAGCUCUUCAGCUUAGCAUGAAUGCUCCCCCCAUGGUCGAAGUGAAUGGCCAAACGGACACGCUUCAGAUCGCUCUUGAGGAAUUAAGACAAAAGAAGAUUCCGCUUAUUAUUCGCAGAUUCCUUCCUAGCGGCAAGUUCGAAGACUGGCGACUUGACGAGCUCAACUUUGAUUAAGCUUUUAGUUUCUUUAUUGUUAU